AUGGGAGCAGGGUUAGCCGCACAGCGUGGCUGGCCUCAGGGCCAAGAGGACGACCCCUCGUCGCCGCAGCGCACGGGAACCUCGUCGUCGUCGGGAGAAGAGCCCCCACCAAGCAGCCAUCUGCACAGCAGAAGGAGCUCCUUGCUGUUGUUCGAGGAAACCGCGGACACGAGCGAGGUGCAACCGCUAGAGGACAGCGACUUCGCGCGCAACUACGGCUCUUCUGCAAGCCUGGCAAGCCUCGUGCCCCUCGACAGGAAGCGGUGGUCUUCGAUCGAGGCCGAGAACGGCAACGCGAGCGUGGGCAGCGGCAGCGCUGGGGAUGCGGCGGAGGACGAUCACCUUGAGGCACGCGAUGGCCGGGAGAGGAGGAGGCGGUGCUGUUUGGCUGGCAGGCUCCAGCUGCGGUGA